AUUUACCCAAGAUUCUUACAAAUAUUUACCAGCCAAAUGCUGCAAGAUAUAUGGCUAGGUCAAGGUACUGAGAGAUGUAUUUGAACCAAAUUUGAUCCAUUUACACCACAGGAGUAUUCGGCAACAAAGAGUGUCGCAGAUGGCCUCCUCCACGCCACCCACCCCGACCACCACUGCCGCCGCCGCCGCCCCCGCUGCCGCCCCCGCUGCCGAUGAGGACCAGUUUGAUGACGAGGAGGACGCCAGUCAGCUGGCCGGCGGCUCCGGGCGCCGGCGACUCUUCAGCAAGGAGCUGCGCUGCAUGAUGUACGGCUUCGGCGACGACCGGAACCCGUACACGGAGAGUGUCGACCUGCUGGAGGACCUGGUGAUCGAGUUCAUCACGCAGAUGACGCAGCGCGCCAUGGAGGUGGGGCGCAACGGACGCGUCCAGGUCGAGGACAUCAUGUACCUUGUGCGCAAGGACCCGCGCAAGUACGCCCGCGUGCGCGACCUGCUCUCCAUGAACGAGGAGCUCAAGAAGGCGAGAAAGGCGUUCGACGAGGUGAAGUACGCGGCCACCUGAGCGGAAGGCGAGGCGAGGGGAGAGGGACUGGGGAGGUUUUCUGGACAGUGGUGUCGCGCGAGCGAUGCUGUGUAGUAUGCGGUAUUCGGUGUGCCGUGCGGUGUCUGCUGCUGAACGUUGAAGGUAGGCACUGGUGCGUUGGGUUUUGGUUUGAAUUGACGUUCUCGUAACGUGUUAUUGUGAGUCAGUGUCUUAUGCGAGCACCACGUUUCACGUUGUAUGCAAAGGGCAGUGGUGUUUAAUCGUCAUCGAAGAUCAUCAUGCAUCGUCACUGAGUUGAUGAAGUGUGCACUGCUCAAAGCAUCUCAGUCUCAUCGUAUUAGCUAUGUAAUAAAUCAUCGUUAUUGUUUCGAGUAGAAAAUACAUUGUCAUUUAACUCU